GGAAGCCUAUUGCCAGGCGAAACGCGUUGAUUGCAGAGCUAUCGAUCCCGCUCCAGUGACCGCACGAACGAGGACACGGAGCGAUGGAAGUCUGCCGGCAGACUAUAGUUCAUCUCACCACAACACCAACGGAGGAUCCCCCCACAAAAGCAGCAGGAUUGGAGAUUUGCUCAAAAAGACAUCAGAAGCUCGGAAAUACAGGGGAAUUCAGGGGCAGAUCCGAAUCCCCACAAGCUUUAACCAGGAGAUCGAGUGUAUCUGGAAAGGCACGUGAGAGAGUCACUUGAGCCCAGAUUUGAUGGUCCAUAUCGAGUGUUGCUGACCACACCCACUUCUGUGUCAAUUAAGGAAAGAGAGACUUGGGUUCCACUGCAAAUUUGCUCAAGUUAAGUUUGAACAAUGAAAUACACAAACAUGCAGAGUCUAAUUGGGCCUAAAUUAGAAAGGCCACUAUGGGUCAUUAUAUUGGGAACUUCAGUACUCAUUGUAGUCAUAAUAUACUCUAUACCCCUCGUGGUAUCAAAGUCACUAGAUCUUGUGUUAAGCAAAUUAAAGUAAAGAUCAUGAAAUCUCUAGGAUUUCAAAGAUACCAGUUAGUUAAGAAAUGCUGGGCUCACAUGAGCCCACAUCUGGAAAAGGAGAGGAGUGGACAUCUGUCCCCACUACAUAUAAGCGUAUAAGGGUUUUUAAAUUUCUUUGGAACAAAUACAUACUACAAAAUAGAGAACUCCAAGAAUGUGUUGUAUACUUAUUACUAAUGAAACAGAUAGUGCGCAAGAAGUGGUUUAGAGAAGUGUCCAGCUUAAAUCCAGCUAAUUGGUUUAGCGGGAUCAAAGAGUAGAUUGUUGAAAUAGUGAUGUUUUUUUAUUUAAAAAAUUGUUGGCUUAGCAAUUUGUAUAUAUCUGUGUUUUUAAGAUGCUAUUUUGUUUCCUUUCAGCUUGAAAGAAGUCUGUAAACUCAAAGAUGUGAAACCUCCAAGUUUAAGAAACUACAGAAGAGCUUGGCAAGAAGCAGCCGGGAUGAAGAAGAGGAAAAAGACAAGCAAAUGGAACAUGAAAUUCCAAGUCAUGGAAAACUUGAUGUGAAUGCAGAGAGUGCAGAAAGUCUGCUUCAGUACAGGACUGGAGACUAUGUACAAAGAAAAAGGAAGCAAGAACUGGAAGUGCCACUGGAGAAAUAUCACCUGAAGUAUGUGACUGUGACUGACGUUUGUUCCCAGACCUGGUGUGAACAGCAAAUGGUGUACAGAAUUGAAGAGCCAGAACCUGUACGGCUGGAGAAAACUGCAGCAAUGAAUGAAGGAUCUAGUAUACAUUUGGCCAGAGAGCUGGAGGUGCACGAUGUUGUAUCCGUGGCAACACAAACCCGUGAAGACUCUUGGGCUAUAAAAUGUCUCAACAUUUUAGCUAUGAUCCCGGUUUUACAGUCAGGUGGCCGUAUCCGAGAGUUUCCAGUGUUUGGCGAGCUUGAUGGUAUAUAUGUGGUGGGGGUGAUCGAUGAAUUGUGUUACUCCUCCAAAGGCGAACUGGAACUGAGAGAGCUGAAAACACGAGUCAGCCCAACACUACCACGAGCUGCCCAGAAGAAAGGGCACGAGUUCCAGGUGUCCCUUUACAAGCUGUUAUUUGAUGGCAUGGUGAGCGGAGUUCUGCAGCCAGACGUUUUCAUUCAGCAGUUGAAGUUAAGGCCAGAGCAAGAGCUGGGACCUCAAGUGAUGGAGCAUGCUACUAAAUCCGGGCUAACUGUGUCUACCUUCAGGGAUGUCUUGGAGUUGACGUGUCUGAACCUCACAUUUUCUGAUUUGCCUGUGAUUGAUAGCUUGAAACUGGAAUAUUGCUAUCAAAGGGAUGGUUCCUUGUUAGGAUAUGAUGUGGUAAGCUUUGAAAAGGAGAAUAUAAUGGAACAAUUAAAGUUUUACUUAUCCUUUUGGAAGGGACUAAGAGAAGUCCAAGGAGUGGAUAUAGAAGAUGCCUGGAAGUGCACAAUGUGUGACUAUGCCAGCACCUGUGAGUGGAGGAGUCAGAAGUCUAAUAACAUGCAUUUGUGCACCCAAAGCAAGAAAUGGAAAUAAUGAUCAUUCUUUAGAUAAUAACAUAACACUAAUUUUGCUAUCUCCUUCCACAAAGAAUAUCAGAUUUUGAUGCUAAUUCCGUGGGCCUUACACUACGUUGUCCAAUUUCCACAAGGAUAUUGCUUUUAAAUUCUUUUUCAUCCACUAGGGGUCACUGGAGUACUUUUGGGACAUGGACAGGGUGUUAGCAGGGAUAGGCACA